UAGAGUGCGCCUCCAUGUCAAAGUGUAAGACAUCUGGAUUCAAAGGGACAAAUGAUUAUGGCAAAAGUGAGGAGCGGGAAAAUUUUGUUGAAGAAGUAAAUGGCACGGAAAGGAAAGACUGAAGGAAAAUAAAAGUAUUUAGAAAUCAAACUUACUUAAAGUACAUGAGUAAAUGUGCCUAAUCACAUUCCUCUGGUGCAUAACACUAACCAAACCUCGAAAGUACUGGUAACAGUGGCAAUGUUACACUUCAGGGAGGGAAGGAGUUGUGUACGUUACAAGUGUGGCCUACUCAACACCAUACAGGUUGUCCUGCGCCAAAGACCCGGUUGGGUUGAAGUCAAAGAUGAAGGUGAGUGGGACUUCAACUGGUGUGAUGUGGGCUGGCUAAGGGAGAAUUUUGAUCAUUCAUACAUGGAGGAACAUGUGAGGAUAAACCACUUUCGCAAUCAUUAUGAGCUGACUCGCAAAAACCUCAUGGUGAAAAAUCUCAAAAGAUAUAGGAAAAAUCUUGAAAGAGAUGUUGGCUGCAUGGAGGCAUCCAAAUGUGAAUUCUUCCCCUGCACUUUUGCACUGCCAAGCGAAUAUCAUCUGUUUGUAGAGGAAUUCAAAAGAAGCCCUGGUAGCACCUGGAUCAUGAAGCCGGUGGCAAAAUCGCAAGGGAAAGGAAUUUUUCUGUUCAGGAAACUGAAAGACAUAAUGGAUUGGAAGAAGGAUGGCACCCGCUCAGAGGAACAGAAGGAUGCAGCUCAAGUGGAAAGCUAUGUGGCACAACGCUAUAUAGAGAACCCUUACCUAAUAAAUGGCCGGAAAUUUGAUCUGAGGGUCUAUGUGCUGGUCACGUCAUACGUUCCCUUGAAAGCCUGGCUGUAUCGAGAUGGCUUUGGCCGCUUUUCAAGCACCCGCUUCUCCCUCAGCAGUAUUGAUGACAAGUAUAUGCACCUCACCAAUGUGGCUGUACAGAAAACAGCACCAGAUUAUGAUCCUGAAAAGGGAUGCAAGUGGCAGUUGCAACAGCUUCGAAGAUACCUCACUGCAAAACAUGGCAGAGAGACAAUAGAAACCCUGUUCAAAGAGAUUGAUAACAUCUUUGUCCGCAGUCUUCAGAGUGUUCAGAAAGUCAUUAUAAAUGACAAACACUGCUUUGAGCUCUAUGGGUAUGACAUUCUACUGGAUCAGAACCUCAAACCGUGGUUAAUAGAGGUGAAUGCUUCUCCGUCACACACACCCAGUAGUCAAGAGGAUUAUGAGAUGAAGUGCAGUCUGCUGGAAGACACUUUAAAUGUUGUUGAUAUGGAGGGAAGGCUCACUGGCAAGGAGAAAAGGGUGGGAGGCUACGAUCUGAUGUGGAAUGAUGGGCCUGUCUAUAGAGAGGACGUCAAUCUAGGAACAUUUGGCAGUGCAUGUUUCUCUGCCAACACACACCUAGGGUGUGUGAAUGACAGGGAGAAGCAGCUGCGGCGGCUCCUUAAACCAUUUCCAGGCCAGAAAAGGAUGUAACACACUCAUCAUUUUUAUGUCCCACCACUUUACCAACUUUAGUCAUAUUCAUAAAAAGUUAACUCUCUGUGAUGAACUGAUCAGAAUCCAUCCAACAAGGUUGACAUUUAAAUAUGAAAAUAAAUUAAACUUGCCAUCAUUUAAGUUAAACUAAGCCCUAUUAAGUUUGGGAUUUUAACAGUGUGCAUGUGUUCCAAAGAAUGGCCAGUGAAUGAAAAUCCCUUGAGUGCAAAACAUUUAUUUCUAUGCCUUACAAAUAAUUGCAUUCAACAUUGAGAAAAUACAUACCACAAUCUUUCUGCGUGCGUGUCAGCAUAAUGUACACAUUUAUAAUAACAUCGCCCCUUGUAGCCUCUUAUCUAUGGCUUUGAUACUUUACAUGAAUAUUAAGUAAAGAGGUGCAAUCUGAAUACAUAUUGUGUUAUUUACAUUGAUGUGGUGUUCCCAUGGAUCAAGUGCACGUGGUAAAUCACAAUGAACAGAUAAGAGAAUCUAAUGUAAACACAGUGACAUACAGACUUCAAGUAUGCAGUGUGAUAUAACAUUACCAUGUUACAGCAUAACAGCUAUGAUGUGUUGAAAUCACAUUGAAUCUCAGGGAUGAGCAAUGGUACGGCACAGUAGACAUUAAGUAUACAUUCAGCUCUUUGACUACAUCUUUUUUUUCUUUAUGUGCAUGACAAUGUAAACAUAACAAUGCUAAUGAUGAAUACAAGUCAGCCACAACACUUUUCAUAAAUAUAACUAUGGUAUAUAAAAUUUGGAAAAAUAGGCAUUUACAUUCGUAGCAAACAUUACACUUUCUGUCAGAGAGAGCUCAGCUCAAUGCAAAAUACACUUUAUCAUCAUGGACUACAAUUCAAGCUGUUGAACAUGAGAAGCCCUU